GGCAGACGGCGACGGGCAGCGCGGCGAGAGCCGAAACCCAGGGGUCAUGCAGCCUCACUCGCCGCCGAAGAUCUCUCGCGCGCACAACCCGCGCCAUCCGCGAGAAGAGGACUAGCGGCUAGCCGACCCCCUGGGGAGACGACAAGACCUGCUCCGCUACAAGAAGACGGGAGAAGGAUGGGUGGCGGAGGAUGGCUGGGUGGGUGGUUACAACGAUGCAGGGAGUCGCGACGACUCGUCCUGGUGAUCGUCGCCAUCGCCCUUCUCCUUGACAACAUGCUCCUCACCACUGUAGUACCCAUAAUCCCCGAAUUCCUCUACGACAUCCGGCACCCGAAUGCAACCCUUAGUGAACAUCUUGAAGGAGCAACACAGCACACGACAACGACAACGACAACCACACCAUCUUCUGCACCAAAAUGCCAGUGUUCCAACAACGCAUCGAACAAUGCUCUAGAGUUUCUGGUCGCAAGCACGACAUCUGCAGAUAUUAUGGGUAACAUGACUAACGCAACCUCACCCACGGACAGAGAGAACGAACAACGUCACAAGGAACUUCUGGAAGAAACCGUUGCCGUUGGGAUGAUGUUCGCGUCUAAGGCUUUCGUUCAACUACUUGCAAACCCUAUUGUCGGUCCACUUACACACAAAAUCGGAUACAGCAUCCCAAUGUUUACCGGUUUCAUCAUCAUGUUUCUCUCUACUCUGAUAUUUGCAUUCGGACGAAGUUAUGGCGUUCUGUUUUUGGCUCGAGCACUCCAGGGCAUAGGUUCAUCUUGUUCGAGUGUUUCAGGUAUGGGCAUGUUGGCUGAAAGAUACCAAGAUGACAAAGAGCGGGGAAACGCAAUGGGCAUAGCUCUAGGGGGUCUCGCCCUCGGAGUACUGAUCGGUCCACCCUUCGGCGGCGUGAUGUACGAAUUUGUCGGAAAGUCUGCCCCGUUUCUUGUCCUCUCUGCACUGGCCCUUGGCGACGGUUUGUUGCAGCUCCUUAUGCUGCAACCAUCGGUCGUCUACACCGAGGCCGAUCCACCGUCCCUCAAAGCCCUCGUCACGGACCCUUACAUCAUCAUCGCAGCAGGUGCAAUCACAUUCGCGAACAUGGGUAUUGCCAUGCUAGAGCCGAGUCUACCGAUAUGGAUGAUGGACACGAUGGGAGCGAGUCGUUGGAAGCAAGGCGCAACCUUUCUUCCUGCCAGCAUAAGUUAUCUAAUUGGAACUAAUCUCUUUGGACCUCUAGCGCACAAAAUGGGCAGAUGGCUAGCCUCAAUGAUCGGACUCGUUGUUAUCGGAGUGUGUUUGAUGUGCAUCCCAUUAGCCACGAAAAUUGAUCAUCUGAUAGUGCCAAAUGCGGGCUUAGGAUUCGCUAUUGGAAUGGUUGACAGCUCGAUGAUGCCGGAACUUGGCUACCUCGUUGACAUCCGGCACUCAGCCGUUUAUGGGAGCGUUUACGCUAUUGGCGACGUCGCAUUUUGCUUGGGAUUUGCUAUCGGGCCGGCAUUGAGCGGGACGUUAGUAAACACGAUAGGAUUCGAAUGGAUGCUGUUCGGUAUUGCUAUAUUGAAUUUCUUGUAUGCUCCUCUCAUGUACUUCCUGCGAGCACCGCCGACGAAAGAAGAAAAGAAGUCUUUAAUUAUUGGUGAAAAAUCUUCCGUACGAUACGUAACUUACCAAAACGAAGAGGAUGGCGAACAGUAGGUUAGUAAAGAAUUAUUACACGAGUAUUGAUCUUGGAGUAUUAAGAAACCGGCCUCGAUCGAUUCGACUUGACUGUUAUAAUUAUUUCGUACACAUCAAGGAUGAUUUACCGCGCGUUUAAUUUACAUGGAACGAAUAUAGGUACGUUGCAAAAUUUAAGAAAUUAGCCAUUUUUUUUUCACUCGAUUCGUUUCGUUUGAUUUUCAUUUCGAUGUCUGAUUCGAAAAGAGAUUCUAUACGCUUUCUCAGCAUCAAAUUAUACCUUCGUAUUUAUACAUAAUUGAUAAUAAGGGUAUACAUUAUAUGCAGUUUCAACAAUCCAAAUAUAUUAGUUGUACUAAUAUAGAGCUGUAGUUGAUUAGAUACUUAAGUAGCGAAAAUAUUCGGGUUAGAAUAGCUGUAGACUAUGAUAAUGUGUUUAAUAGUGUAAGUAAAAGAUGCAAAAGAAAAACGGUGCAAUAUAUACAAGGCAUUAUACUCCACGCACGGUUUACUAAAUUUUAAGAGAGAUGACAUUAAAAUUUUAAAUGACACGAUCACGAUAUACUUGUAUUAAAGCAUACAUGAGAUACAUAAAUUAGUAGCAAUUUAUCGUAGAGGAAGCUUCUCGUAAACAUAGAUUACAUAUGCAUGGGGUAAAAACAUAUAUCGCUGUAUAUCGUUACGAUUUAGAGGGUACAUAUGGUGAAUGAAAGGAAAACAAGGAUUUGAAACUCAAAUGUUGAAAACCUCAAGAGAGAAAAGAAAAAAAAAAUUACAAAAUAUUGAAAUACCAAAAAAAGGAUAACAUAUAUUAUGCAGUAGUUGAGUAAUAAUCGUUGUUGUGAUUCAAAAUUACAAUAUAUAUUACCAUAAUUAAAAAUCAGGACGGCAAACAUGAAAUGGACGUAACCACAAGCAACAUUUAUUUAUAUGCCGGCACAAAUCCUUAUGUCUGCUAAUUAUUUACGAGGGGAAUGUUUUUCGUUUAUUCAAAAUUUGCAAAAGUCGAAGAGGGACCACCCAGCGUGGAUUCCUUGAAUGGCUGCAAGGAAACCGGGCGAAAUAUAAGCAGCUGGGUAUUAUGAAGAGUCCUCGAAAUACUACGGCUACCAAAUCGUUUGUGUAAUUGGUAUGAAAGUCAAAAUGAGAAAGACAAAAUUGAAAAAUACAACCCUCUAAAUGAUUGGCAACGAAUUUUGGAUUCGCAAGUGCUUCGGAAGCAGGAAAUUAUUAUAGAUAGGGAGGAAGUUAUUUUUGUCCUUUGUUCAACCGCACAGUGUGACAAAAAGGCUCGACGAAUUUUCCAAUAUUUCGAGUUUUACGGAUGAAGAAGCAAUACACAUGUAUUUGCGGCGCAAACUGUCGCGAUUUUAAGUGCCAGCUCGACGAGUUGUUGGAGAGAAAAGAUUGCAGGUCUCGGAUAAAACGCAGUAGUUAUGGCUCCGUAGAACGUUCGUAGAAGCAAUACAUCAUAUUAUACGUAAUACUAUAUAAUACAUGAGUAUUCGGUAGCUAGUACAUAUAUAUGUAUAUAUGUGUAUAAUUUAUAAAAAUUAUGGUCUCUGUUCAAUGUCUGUUCUGUAUUUGAGUCAUUGAACUUGAAUACGAUGCAAGACUUACCGCAGUAUUUAAUUAAUUAAUUAAUUAGAUUGCGUUAUUACGACCAAGAAGAAAAAUCAUUGUUUCGCAUAUACAAUCGCAGAAAAAUUUGUGUCGAGAUCCUAAGCUACUACAAGUACCAGUUGCAUGCGUUAUACCUAUAUUAAAUAUAAUAUAUAUAUAUAUACAUGUGUGUAUUCGUUGAACGUACAGAUUUAGGAAUAUAAAGUUGUCUAUAUCUACGACAAAUACUGCAUCUAUGAUAAUAUACUCGUAUGUCAUAGAUAUACAUGACAUACAUAUAUAUAUAUGUGUAUGAUCGUUCGGUGUGUUAUAAAAAUACUUUUAGUGCACAACCGCAUGCGGAGACACAAUUUAGCUGCACCACGUAUAACGGAUAUUUAAAUAUUUGUCUAUGUGUAUCUACAUAAUAUUAUAUACAGGUAUAUAUUCCACGUAUAAUGAGAAUCAAAUUAUCGUGAAUCUGUGUCUACGAGCUUAAUAUAUCUGUGCAAAUCUCGAGUAUAACGAAAAGUUAUUAUGCGUGUUUAAAGAAUUUUUCGUGUUGUAUAGUCACCAGGAGCCAGUCGGAACGAUUAGACAAAGAAUUACGACACCGGAAACGAUCGGCUGGUACACACAUCCGCGUUUGCGCUGCAUUCGUUUGGAAAAUCAAACGGGGCCGAUUUUCGGCUACUCCCAAGUACGAUAACGCGAGUCAAUUUAGUUCGAAAUUUCGUCGAGCCUGGUCUGAUCACGGAAGAAAUUUGCACGCUUUAAAAAUCCAUAAUAGCGAGUUAUUCGCACAGCUGGCAUAAUGAGCUUGGCUCGGCUCGGAGCGGCUGUUUAUUGUAUAAUUAUACCCCGAGGUGAUGAUAUAUUCAUAGUAAAGAUACUGUGUAGAUCGUCUACGUAUGUAUAUUUUAUCAAAUUAGUCAUACUAUAUUUUUGAUGAUAUAUUAUAUGAUCAGAUCACUGCUGCUGAGAUACCUUUAGAAAUGUUCUUAUCUAAGUAUAUUCUUCUCUUUCUUCUUUCAUUUCCUAUUUUCUACAAUUCUUUUCUAUGUGUAUAGACGUUGAUAAAUUAUAAUUUUUGACUAGAUGUUUCAUCGAUAUGUAUAGUGUAUUUUCAUUAGUACAAUAUCCAUUUUGAUCGAAAAGAAUUAUGCAAAAAUUGCGUUUUCACGGAAUUCUUUUAAUAAUUAUUUUUGCAUAUUAUUGCUACGUUGCAAAUGCUUCUUUUAUUAAACACAUAUACGUUUAUCAUUCAUUGCUAUCUAACGGAAAAGAAGAAAUUAUAUCAUCCCGUAAAGUGAAUUAUAUAUUAUACUGAUGCGGCAAUAAAUUAAUAUGUUGCCAUCGCUAAAUAUUCGAAUUGCCGAUGCAAUCAAAUGGUAUAAGGCCCUGUAUAGAAAGACGAGUUGUAGUGGGCAGUUGAAAAGACAACGAACGUAUAUACCUAUAUGUAUAACCCUAUACUAUGAUUUUUAGUGUAACCUGAUUGUAUAUGCGUGCUAAAUCGUUGUAUUAGUCUGAAAAAUAAUGUCCUUCAUGUGCAGCAGUAGCCAGCGUUAUAUUCAUUUUUGAUUAAUAAGGGUUCAAGA